AUGGCGGCGAAGCGGCGGGAGGAUAGGCGAUAUGAGAUGUUGGUUGAGGAGGGUGGUGAGGAGGGGACGUUGAAUGUUACCAGUCGUGGUGGGGUUGAGGCUGAAACUGGAACUGGAGCUGCGCGUAGUGGGGGUGGACAUGGACAUGUUGUCACAUACUUGCACCAUGAGCGAUCACUCUCGCAGCAUUCGUCACAACAACACACUGCAGCUUUUGUUGGGCAGGCUCAACCGCAGAUGAGCGAGAUUAGACAUGGUACGGUCUACUACUCUGAGAAAGCACCCAUCCAGAUCCAGACACACGAUCCCAUCACCGGAUACCCGUUUCCUCAAGGCAAAGUCCAGUUCUUUGAACUCUCCACCACCGCCGAUGCUACUGCCACCACCACCGCCGCCAACACCGUUACCAGCUCCCCGACUACCGAAAGAAGCGAGAUCGAUUUCAAGGAAGGCUCCGGCAGCGAGGACGGCAAAAAGGAGGGAAAAAAGACGCCCAUCUCUUUGAACCAACUCCCAGAAAGGCUCUAUUCUCACCCCCCACCCGAACUCCACCACAAGUUGUCUUCUCUGUCGGUCACUUCUGCUGCGACAUUGCCGGUUUCAACUCCUGCUCAUGUGCACCCAAAGGGGGGAGGGAGUGAAGAUGGCUUGAAGAACGGCAAAGCCGUCACCACCGCCGUCGUCACCCAGUCUCAGGCAAAGAAGGGUGUGCCGUCACCUCCAGCGGGGUCUAAGGAUCCCAAGGCCAUGCCAAAGGCUCAGCUGAAGAGGGGCGUUUCGGUGUCCAAGAGCUCUAAGACCAAGAAAGCUCCUUUAACCACAAUCAAACCCAAACCAUUUACAUAA